AUGACGGCGGCGGCGGCGGCGGCGGAGGGAGAGUUCCAUUUGGAGGCCCAGGAUGUGAGAACUCAAGAUACCUCUGACAGUGAUUCAGACAGUGGACAAGGCAGCUGUGAAAUGAGCUUCCGGUCCCAGAUAAGCAAGGGAGUUGCAUCCGUUGACGAUGGGGCAGAUUCAGAGGAGGAGAUCUGCACACGUAAGAGAGUCAAAGGCAGGAGGGUGCUUGCUGACAGCAACAGCGAAGGAGAAGACGGUGUCCCCGAGCACCUGAAGGCUGCGCCCAGCGACGUGGACAGCACCAAGGAAAGAUAUAAUUGGCUGGCCGUAAAGGGAAACAAAGGCAAGGCUGGGCUGAAUGGCGAUGACAGCGAUGCUGAGAACCUGUUGCCUCGACUUCCUGAGAGAGAGAAACGGAAGAGGAAGGAAGAGAAGAAGAGGAAGACCACAAGGCAAGCAAGGAAGAAGGGAAAGCCACAAGAACAAAAGGAGAAUGCCGAAGACUUUCCUUUUAAUGACAGUGGGUGUUUGCUGACAGAUAAAGAGCUCUUUGACAAUGGCAUGGAGGAGGAGGAAGAGGUUGGCUUUUCUUUUCAAGUUGAAAAUUUGGAAAUGUCAAUAAACACUGCAGAGACAGUGAAAACAAAAAAACAGAAGCUAUUUUUAGAGAGUGAGGAUUACAAACACGUAAUGGAUGAAAACGAAGAGCUGCUUUUAAAAGAAUCUAGAAAAAGGCUGAAACCAACCAAGUUAACAAAAGAAGAAAACAAGCAGCUCCACAGUGAGAGUCAGCGACUUGUUAGAGAAGCUGCAAUGACACUACCUUAUUACCUGCCAGAGGCCAAAAGUGUGCAGGAAUUCUUCAAGCACAAACCUCGUCCUUCUUUCCAAGGAAGUGCAAUGACUUUGCUGAAAUCAAUGAAAACUCAACCCAACUUAUUCAAAGAAGAGAGCGUGACAGGGAAUCCCAGUGUCGGCUGCCAUAACAAUGGGAAAGAACAGUCUCUCCAGCCAGGAACAUUGGAUCUGCCAAUUUCAGGUUUUGCAAAUCCUUUGGCUGCCGGCAGCUCUCCUGCAGAGGAAACGGAACAUUUGACGGGAGAUUGCUCUGAAGAAGAUAAGCAGAACGAUGAUUUCCAAACAGAAUUUAGGGACGAUCUGAAUUCUGAGAAAGAAGGAGAGCUCAAUGAAGUCCCUGCUGAGUCCAUCAAACCACCGGAGGAGAAACUGGAAGGAGAUAUAGUUGAAGAAAGAGAUGCACAAUCAUUAGAAUUGCCUGUGCUACCCCAAGAACCCAUUCAAGACUUGGAGCCACUGGUGGAAAUUCCUAGCGACAAAAUAAAAAAGGCCAGAUUGGAUCGGCUACGGAAGCUGGGGGUGGAUCUGAGUAUUAAGCCUAAGCUAUGUUCUGGCAUGGAGUCGUUUAUUGACCUUGAUGAACCUGAACCCAACAGAGAACUGGAAGCUUUGAAAGAACGCUUUGUAAAGCAUGCAUUUCACACAGCCCAGCCAAAGACGGAACGAACAGUGAGCUUGAAUAUUAUUCGUAAAGAAACGACGAAUGAUGGCAAAGAGGAGUUGAAAGCGGACGUGGUGCCAGUAACGCUGGCCACAGAGAUGGUAGAGGAUGCAGCCCGGACCAAACCAGGUGAGAAGUUGCAGAUGUUGAAGGCUAAGCUGCAGGCAGCUAUGAAGCUUCGCAGGACAGAAGAACGCCAGAAGCGCUAUGCUUUGUUCAAGCUGGAUAACGAGGAGGUGAUGGAGGAGGAAGAGGAGGAGGAGAUGUCCGAUGAAUUGGAGGAAGAGGAAGAAGAGGAGGAAGAAGCCAAUCAGGAGGACCCAGAUGACCUUGGAGAGAUGGAGGAGGAACACGAAGAGCUGGGGGACCCCCGUCUUGAGGCUGAUAAAGAAACGGACAAAGAAUCAGCUGAUGAAGAUGAAGCGGCUCCCGUUGGUUUGCCCUGCAGUGCUGUUUCAAAGCCUUCCUCCACAGAGUCAACAUUGCUCCUGUUUAAAGAUAAUUCUUCAAAAAUAGGAUGUUUUUUGGCAGGUGAAAAAGUUGAGCUGGAAGAAGCCUUGAGCAAGAGAGCAGAGAAGCAAGACGAUGAAGAUUCGUUUUUGCUGCCCACCUUGGCAAAGGAGAACAGCCACAACAGCAGCUUUGAGCUCAUCGGCUCCAUGAUUCCCUCUUACCAGCCCUGUAAUAAGCAAAUGGGACGUGGAGGCAACUUCUUCUCUGCCAUUGGAACGGCUCGCUCUCCUUCUCCGGGCUUCUUCAAAACAAGCUUCAUCAGCUCAGCUUCUAAGAGUUCAGGGAAAACAUCGGAGCCAUCAUUGCCCAUUGAAGAUUCCCAGGAUCUCUACAACGUUACACCCGAGGAGAAAAGCCCAGUUCCAACCGGGGGCAGGUUUCAGUUCUCCCUAGAAGAUGACACGCAGAGUCAGUUGCUUGAUGCAGAUGGGUUUUUGAACGUUGGCCAUCACCGGAACAAAUAUCAGUCCUGCAAGAGUCGUCUGCCUUUGGCCAGCAUGGACGAGAAUGCGAUGGAUGCCAACAUGGGUGAAUUGUUUGAUCUGUAUUCUGGCCAGAACCAACAUUCUCCUAACCCAGGCAGUGGCAAGAAGUCAGACAUGGAGGAAUUGCUCAAUCUUUGCUCUGGAAAGUUUCCAUCUCAGGACUCUCCCCUUCAAGCAUCCUCAGCCACUGCUAAACUGAAAAAGAAGAGGAGGAUGGAAGACCCGGGAGCAAAACCUCUCGCUCUGUUUUCUAGCUCCUUCCCAGCCGAGAGGGAGGUAGAAGAUGAAGAGAAAGAAGAGGAAUUUGGGGAGUUCCAGCUUUUAACAGACGAUCAUCCUUUUGACAGUGAGGAAGAGGAUGAAAAGAGCGAGGAGGAAGAGGAGGAGGAGGAGAACGAUCAGGAGGAAGAAGGGGGUGAUGAGUUAGAAUUUGAUGAAGAAGAAGAACUGAAGCGAAGGGAAGGAAGGAAGAAUAAAUUCCAUUUACAAGAUUUCAUGGAAGAUGAGGCUGAGCUGUCCGGCAGCGAAGGGGGAAGUGAAGAUGAAUAUGAUGGUGAGGAACUCAAUGAGUAUGAAGAAGACCUUCUUGAUGAGGUUCUUCCAGCAGAUGGAGAACUUCAUGAUCAAGUAAACAAAAUCCAUAUGAAGAUGAUGCUCGAUGACGAUAAACGGCAGUUGCGCUUGUAUCAGGAGAGAUACCUUCUCGAUGGGGACCUCCACAACGAUGGUCCUGGGAGGAUGAGGAGGUUCCGAUGGAAGAACUUAGAUGACGUUCCCGAGGGAGACGCUUUUCACAGGGAUGCUGACAGCGGGGAUGAGAAUGAAAAUCACCUAGAAGAGACAGAGGCCAAGUGGAGGAAGGAGCGCUUUGAACGAGAACAGUGGUUCCGAGAACAGUCUACGAAAGGAGAGGUGGAGGUGGAGGUGGACGAGGAUAGCCAGUUCAUGAGACUGGCCAAAAAAGUCACAAACAAGUUGCUACAAAAGAAAGCACCCUCUGCAGUAACUGUUCAGGAAAUUAAAUCACUACCCAGAAAUCCAUUUGAAAGUUUCCAGCCCGGCAGUAAACCACAGCUGAAGAAUGGAUCCUUGUUGAAUCAGCCGCGAGCGGUCUUGCAGAAAUUGGCAGCCAUGUCUGAUCUCAACCCGAAUGCCCCCAGGAAUUCGCGCAACUUUGUCUUCCAGACCCUGUCCCCAGUUAAGAGCGAGGACGUGAGGGAGAAAGCCAAACCCCAGGUCAAAAGAAGAACUCUGCCUGCUGUUGCUCUGCCUUCUCCUAAGCGACUGCGACUUGACAGCACGUCAGUUCAAGAAACCCGAAGUAUAUUCCAGUAUUUGGAGAGGUAAAGAAAAAAAAAAUGCCAGUUUGCAUGGUCUCCUCCAGCCACGUUUCGGAUUUUGCAGAGCUGUAAAAGACAACGCACAAAUCUACAGUCUGCUGGAUGGGCAAUAUCUACAUUGUAGAACAUAUGGCAUUGUUAUUCCUUCCCAAACCUCAGGUAUAAGUUGGGAAACAGGAAAAAAUCAUUUUGUUUGUUCUCUCUUGUUACAGUACUGACUCCAGCACUAAUUGAGCCUUCGGGGUUUUUUUUAAUUGUUUCUUUUUUCUUUAGGACUUUACUCGACCCAAGUCACAUUCUAAGGCAGUGUUUUAUUUUGGGGCCAACUUUGAAGCAUUGCGAUCUCCCUAUCUGGGUCUUAAAAUCAGGGUGGAGGCUGUGUGUGUAUAUGUAUAUAUAACUUUUUCCCCGCUCAGUAUUUUGGAAAGCUCCGGUGUACUUUUAAUCAAGGUUUUAAUUUUUCUAAAUUCAUACCAUAGAACAGGAUAUAUCUGCAAUGUAUAGAUAUAUA